UCUCUGGCAGGGAAGGAGCCCGAGCUGGUAUGUGAGGCAGAGAAUUUCCGACUGGAUAUAGUCGGACUUGCCUCCACACACAGCCUGGGUUCCGGUACCAGUUCUCUCGAGAGGGGUUGGACUCUCUUCCACUCUGGAGUUGCUCACGGUGAGAGGCGCAGAGCAGGUGUGGGCAUACUCAUUGCCCCCCGGCUCAGUGCCUGUACAUUGGGGUUCACACCGGUAGACGAGAGGGUUGCCUCCCUCCGCCUUCGGGUGGGUGGACGGGUCCUGACUGUUGUUUGUGCAUAUGCACCAAACAGCAGCUCAGCAUACCCACCCUUUUUGGAGUCCUUGGAGGGUGUGCUGGAGAGUACUCCUACUGGGGACUCCAUUGUUCUGCUGGGGGACUUCAAUGCUCACGUGGGCAAUGACAGUGAUACCUGGAGGGGCGUGAUUGGGAGGAACGGCCCCCCCGAUCUGAACCCGAGUGGUGUUUUGUUAUUGGACUUCUGUGCUCGUCACGGAUUGUCCAUAACGAACACCUUGUUCAAACAUAAGGGUGUCCAUAUGUGCACUUGGCACCAGGACACCCUAGGCCGCAGUUCGAUGAUCGACUUUGUAGUUGUAUCAUCGGAGUUGCGGCCGCAUGUUCUGGACACUCGUGUGAAGAGAGGGGCGGAGCUGUCAACUGAUCACCACCUGGUGGUGAGUAGGCUCCGAUGGUGGGGGAAGAUGCCGGUCCGUCCUGGCAGACCCAAACGUAUAGUGAGGGUUUGUUGGGAGCGUCUGGCGGAAUCCCCUGUCAGAAGGAGUUUCAACUCCCACCUCCGACAGAGCUUUUCCCAUGUUCCGGGGGAGGCGGGGGACAUUGAGUCCGAGUGGACCAUGUUCCGUGCCUCUAUUGUAGAGGCGGCCAAUCUGAGUUGUGGCCGUAAGGUGGUUGGUGCCUGUCGUGGCGGCAAUCCCCGUACUCGCUGGUGGACACCAGCAGUAAGGGAUGCCGUCAAGCUGAAGAAGGAGUCCUAUCGAGCCUUUAUGGCCUGUGGGACCCCAGAGGCAGCUGACGGGUAUUGACUGGCCAAGCGGAAUGCAGCUGCGGUGGUCGCCAAGGCAAAAACUCGGGCGUGGGAGGAGUUCGGUGAGGCCAUGGAAGCCGACUUCCAGACGGCUUCGAGGAAAUUCUGGUCCACCAUCCGAUGUCUCAGGAGGGGGAAACAGUGCACCACUAACACUGUGUACAGUGGGGAUAGGGCGCUGUUGACCUCGACUCGGGACGUUGUGAGCCGGUGGACGGAGUACUUCGAAGACCUCCUAAACUCCACCAACACGCCUUCCUUGGAGGAAGCAGAGUAUGGGGACUCUGAGGUGGGCUCUCCGAUCUCUGUGGUUAAAGUCACCGAUGUGGUUAAGAAGCUCCUCGGUGGCAAGGCCCCAGGCGUGGAUGAGAUCUGCCCCGAGUUCCUCAAGGCUCUGGAUGUUGUGGGGCUGUCCUGCUUGACACGCCUCUGCAACAUCGCGUGGUCAGCGGGGAGAGUGCCUCUGGAUUGGCAGACCGGGGUGGUGGUCCUUCUUUUUAAAAAAGGGGACCGGAGGGUGUGUUCCAAUUACAGAGGGAUCACACUCCUCAGCCUCCCUGGUAAGGUCUAUUCAGGGGUGCUGGAGACGAGGGUCCGUCAGGAAGUCGAGCCUCAGAUUGAGGAGGAGCAGUGUGGUUUUCGUCCCAGCCGUGGAACAGCAGACCAGCUCUUAGCAGGGUCCUCGAGGGUAUGUGGGAAUUCGCCCAACCAGUCUACAUGUGUUUUGUGGACUUGGAGAAGGCGUUUGACAGUGACCCUCGGCGAGUUCUGUGGGGGGUGCGUCGUGGGUAUGGGGUAUCGAACUCCCUGAUACGGGCUGGUCAGUCAUGA